CGUUGGGGUCCUGCGCGGCGGCGGCGGGUGGGUCGACUAGUCGGUGUCUCCUUCACUUCGUCCUCCAGUUCGAGCGGCCGCAGCCAGCGCGGUCUCCUCACGGCGAGACCCUCCCGGCUCCCCUCGGACAGCCCCGCCGGCCAGAUUCAUUAGAUUGGCCUAGCUAUGACUUAUCCUCCACCAUGUUCCCCUCCGCCUCCGAGACCUCCAAUGGCGAUCCCUCCAUCAUAUGCAGAUCUUGGCAAAUCUGCCAGAGAUAUCUUCAACAAAGGCUAUGGUUUUGGGCUGGUGAAACUGGACGUGAAAACAAAGUCUGCAAGCGGGGUGGAAUUCACAACAGCUGGUUCAUCAAACACAGACACAGGGAAAGUGAAUGGGAGCUUGGAGACCAAAUACAAAUGGGCUGAGUAUGGUCUGACUUUCACAGAAAAAUGGAACACAGAUAACACUCUGGGAACAGAAAUUGCGAUUGAAGAUCAGAUUGCCAAAGGUUUGAAGCUGACAUUUGACACAACUUUCUCACCAAACACAGGGAAGAAAAGUGGCAAAAUUAAGUCCUCUUAUAAACGUGAAUGCGUAAAUCUUGGUUGUGAUGUUGACUUUGAUUUUGCUGGACCUGCGAUCCAUGGCUCCGCUGUCGUUGGUUACGAGGGCUGGCUUGCUGGUUAUCAGAUGACAUUUGAUAGUGCCAAAUCAAAGCUGACAAGGAAUAACUUCUCUGUGGGUUACAAAACUGGAGACUUCCAACUGCACACUAACGUCAAUGAUGGGUCAGAAUUUGGUGGCUCAAUUUACCAGAAAGUGAGCGACAGUCUUGAUACUGCUGUAAAUCUAGCUUGGACAGCAGGCAGCAACAGCACUCGUUUUGGCAUUGCAGCUAAAUACCAGUUGGAUUCCACUGCUUCCAUCUCUGCAAAAGUGAACAACUCUAGUUUAGUUGGAGUGGGUUACACCCAGACCCUGAGGCCAGGUGUGAAGCUUACACUCUCCGCCCUGGUAGAUGGGAAGAGCAUCAAUUCUGGAGGUCAUAAACUUGGUCUUGGUCUGGAGUUGGAAGCUUGAAACAGCCGAAGAAACUGCUGCAAGGAAGGGAUAUCAGAAGAAUUUGGCCUUAAAAAUGUAUUUCCAGUGUGAUCAGCAGGCUUUUUUUCCCAAGAG